AUGCGGGAAAACUGUAAAGCAACUAAGAAGAACUUUCCUCCAGGACCCAGGACAUUGCCCAUUAUUGGAAAUCUACACAUCCUCAAUCUGAAGAGACCAUAUCAAACCCUGCUGGAGCUCUCCCAGAAAUAUGGCUCCAUUUACAGCAUUCAAAUGGGUCCAAGGAAAGUAGUGGUGCUUUCAGGUUAUGAUACUGUGAAAGAUGCCCUGGUUACUUGUGGUGAUCAAUUUAGAGAACGACCUCAAGUACCUAUAUUUGAGAGACUUUUUGAAGGAAAAGAGCAGGGAAUCACAUUCUCCCAUGGUGAAACUUGGAAAACCAUGAGGAGAUUCAGCUUGACCACCCUGAGAAACUUUGGAAUGGGCAAGAGGACCAUAGAAGACAAAAUUAUAGAGGAGUGUCAGCAUCUCAUACAGAACUUCAGGUCGCAGAAAGGAAAGCCUUUUGAGAUCAAAACAGUAAUGAACGCUUCUGUUGCUAAUGUCAUCGUGUCAGUGUUGCUUGGGAAACGGUUUGACUACCAAGAUACACAGUUUCUGAGACUCUUAAAUUUGAUUGGUGAAAAUGUGAAGCUCAUUGGAGGUCCUGGGAUUACGCUUUUCAAUAUGUUUCCAGUGUUGGGAUGCCUGCUGCAAAGUCAUAAAACUGUAUUGCGGAAUGUAAAGGAAUUGUUUUCUUUUAUAAGGAUGACUUUCCUACAUCAUCGUCAUAAACUUGACAAAAAUGAUCCACGUAGCCUCAUUGAUGUCUUUUUGGUCAGGCAACAGGAGGAGAAAUCUCAAUCUACUGACUACUUCAGCGAUGACAAUCUGGUGGCCCUGGUUAGUAAUCUGUUUGUGGCAGGCACAGAGACCACGGCCACCACACUUCGCUGGGGAAUUCUGCUAAUGAUGCGGUAUCCUGAGGUCCAAAAAAAGAUCUGUGAUGAGAUCGCCAGAGUUGUUGGGACGUCUCAGCCGCAGAUUGCCCAUCGAACUCAAAUGCCAUAUACUGAUGCCGUCAUUCAUGAAAUACAGAGAUUUGCAAACAUCCUGCCCGCGGGCUUGCCCCAUGCAACCACAAAAGAUAUUACCUUUAAAAAUUACUUUAUCCCAAAGGGUACUGAGAUCACCAUCUUGCUGACCUCUGUACUCCAGGAUCAUACACAGUGGGAGAAACCCGAUGCGUUUAAUCCUGGGCAUUUCCUCAACUCUAAUGGAAAGUUUAUCAAGAAAGAUGCCUUCAUACCCUUUUCACUGGGUCGGCGGAUGUGUGCUGGGGAGGCACUGGCCAAAAUGGAGCUUUUCCUGUUCUUUACCAGUCUCCUGCAGAAGUUCACCUUUCGCCCACCUCCUGGUGUCUCCCACCUGGACUUGGACCUAACCCCUGACAUUGGCUUCACCACUCGGCCAAUGCCUCACAAGAUAUGUGCUCUGCCCCGGGUAUAG